UACAACUGAGGGAGAACACAGAGGCCUCUGUGUGUGUAUGUGUGUGUGUGUGUGUGUGUGUGCGUGAGUGUGUCAGACUGCUCCACAGCAUCAUGGACACAGAAUAUUCUAAGAGGGUGUACCAAGGUGUUCGAGUGAAGCACACAGUCAAAGACCUGCUGGCGGAGAAGAGAUCCCGACAGACAAAUGGGCCCAGAUACAGUGGAGGAUCCACUUCUCCACCUUCGUUUGUCAACAUGCCAGGCUCUCACAUGCUGCCCAGUUACUACAGCAUGAGGCGUCCCUUCAUGUCAGACUCAGACUUCUGCCAGUCCACCAAACAGUUCUCCCCGGACGUCUACUCGUCCACGCUGGGAGGGAAACCUCUGGGCUGUGAUCCCUCCACCAUGAGCAGCUACUCCUCCCUCAUCGACAGCUACUACCCCGAGACCUUUGGGGACUACCGCAGCGCUGCCGCCUUCACCAGCUCCGGAGGACCCUUCCUGCCCUCGUCUGCCCUCUCCUCUCUGCUGCCCCCCUUUGGUGGAGAGUCCUCACAUUUAUUUCUGAGAGACUCAUGGGAGCAGUCAGUCCCAGAGCCAGUACCCCAGGUGGAGUCUCUAUGUCCGGAAAGCCUGGCCCCCGUCAGCGUCCCGCCCUCCAUGCCUAGCCCAGACCCCCCAGAGAGCCCCUCCCAGUACCGCUCCCCCAGCCGAGGCUCCUCCAUGGUCUCCAGCAGCCAGCCCUACACCCUGCACCCCUUGGAGGACGCCCACUACCACCCCCUAACCACCAGCAGCUCCUACGGGCUCCCCUCCAGCUCCUUCACCUGCCCCCCUUACAUGAGCAGCCCCGUCAGUGACCUGGUGUCCAAGAUGGUGACGGAGGAGGCGGCAGAAGGCCACACCGGGCUCUCUGCUAACGGGGAGGGUCACUCCUGCUGGGCCAAAGAGGACGGAGUCAGCUCCUGGUCGCCGUACGAGCUCAGGAGGGCGUACUGAGCAAAAGUUCAUGGAGGUUUCACAGACAAUGAAAGGAUGAACCUGACCAAACAGAGAAAACUCAAACCGUCAAACAGCUGUGGACUGUUUGAAGAGACUUCUUCACUGCAUUGUGUGUGUAUAAUAUGAGUGUCUUUCUGUGUGAAGUUAAAGACAAGUGUGGACUCAAAAACAACAAACUAUUAAAGAUUCAUAACGUAGUACAGUAUCCAACAGGACCACCACUUCCCUGGUAAAUCAUGAAUGAACUUCUGUUUGGAGGAUCAUCGGGAUAAAGCUUUGACGCUGCGUUCACAUGGAUUGAAGCAGACGACAAACUGGAUGUCUUUUUUUUUGGAAGAUAGCAGAAAAUAAAAAUGUUAAAUGAAGUGAAGCUGUAAAGGUAGAUAGCACUGCCAUCUGCAUUUAAAAUAGCUUCGCUUUUAAUUUCUUUACUUGCUGAAUAAUCUCACAUUUUGAAUCUCAUGUUUUUCACAUUUCAUUAUUUGGCAUUUUAGAAUGAUUUUAAGUCUGUAUUAAAAAUGUAAAGCAACCUGUCUUGAUUCGGGGAUCAACUCAGUGCAAUGGAACGUACUUUAGGUUCUCGACUUUUAGAUUUAUCAUUGAAGAAAUGCUGCACUGCUGCUCUGUGUGCUCUGACUUAGA